AUGAAACUAAGCCUCCUGCGGCUGGACCUUGAGGGGACAAAAGAGGAGACUCCUGUGGUGGGGUUCAGUCUGACCCGUAUUCAAUCUGGCAGAGGUGCAGGUGCAAAAGUAUGGGAGCAGAAGAAGCUCUUCAUCUCUCCUGGGAUCCUCCCCAAUUUGCUCUCUGAAUCAGGGCUCCUGAAGCCAGACCACCAGGCCAUCCCCAAAAUGACAGUGGUGAAUGCAAAGGACAAGAAGCUGGGGGCUCUGGGCCAUUGCAACAAUUCCCACAACUACAACAUGAAUUUCCACAUGGCGAUUGGCUUGAGGGCCAAGGAGGACCAAUAUAGCCUCAGUUUCCACACCUGCUGUAGCCUGAUGCUGGGGUAGGAGCGGCCAUUGGACAUCACGGUAAUGGUCCAGGAGAAAAACCCCGAGGGCUUCCUGUGGAUGGUGGAAAUGCCUUUCAAGCUGUCUGUGGUCAUGUCUGCCUGCUUCCUGGCUGCUGGCUUCUUCUGGGUAUCUGUCUUCUGCAAGAACAUGUGCAACGUCUUCAAGAUCCACUGGCUCAAGGCAGCCCUGGCUUUCACCAAUGCCUCGCUCCUUUUCCACAGUAUCAACUACUGUUUUAUCAACAGCUGAGGCCACCCCAUCAACGGCCUCACUGUCGUGCACUACAUCACACACAACAGAAAGGGCUGGGUGCCCCAUCUCACCACACCCCUCCCGACCUCCAGGCUGAAGGCUGUCCUCUUCACCACCAUUGCCUUGAUCAGUUCCAGCUGGUCCCUUGUCAAGAAUGUUCUGUCCGACAAGAAGGUCUUUGGGAUCAUGAUCCUGAUACAGGUUCUGGCCAACAUGGCCUGCGCCAUCGUCCAGUCCGGUGAGGAGGGCGUCAGUGACUAUGGGCUUCUCUUUCUGGUGGAUCAUAUCUACUGUGAUGCCAUCCUCUUUCCUGUGGUUUGGUGA